AUGGAAAACUCUUCUUUCGGGUUCAGCUCCGAGUUAACCUUGGAUCCUUUUGUCAUUCCACCCGGAGGAAAGUAUCCCAUAUUUUUUCUUGGUAUUGUGAUUUAUGUUUUCAGCAUAUUUUGCAACAUCAUCUUGUUGACUUUGAUCAUUCUGAAGAAGAACCUUCACAAGCCCAUGUAUUUCAUCCUGUUUAGUCUUCCCCUCAACGAUCUGAUUGGCAUAACUGCAAUGCUACCAAAAGUACUUUCAGACAUUGUUACAGAGACAAACAAGAUUUACUAUCCUCUCUGUGUUUUACAAGCAUUCUUGCUUCACAUGUACGGAGGUGGAAUUUUGUUCAUUCUCGCAGCAAUGUCUUUUGAUCGUUAUACUGCCAUCUGCAUGCCGUUACGCUACAGCUCUAUUAUGACCCCCAGACUCAUUAUCUGUAUUAUCUCUGUAGUUUGGGCUCUUGACUUUGUCUUGAUUUUAUUAUUGUUCUCUUUACAGACCAGACUACCCAGGUGCAAAUCUAUUAUUAUGAAUGUGUUCUGUGAUAACCCAUCACUACUGAAGCUCACAUGUGGAAACACUAUGGUCAAUAAUGUCAUAGGUUUAUUUAACACAGCCGUCAUGCAAGUGUUAAGUGUGUCCAUCCAGAUGUUUUCCUAUGUGAAGAUACUGAUCACGUGUGUGGUUUCAAAGAGGUCUGAAGCAAAGAUUAAAGCUGUCAACACAUGUGUUGCACAGUUGGUUAUAUUAGUCGUAUUUGAGAUUGCGGGAACUUUCACAAUUUUAUCUCACAGGUUCAAAAAUGUCUCUGCUGACUUGCAAAAGAUAAUGGGCAUGCUAAUCUUUCUCGUACCUCCGCUUCUGAAUCCAAUCGUAUACGGGCUGUAUACAAGCGAAAUACGAAACACUCUCCUAAGAGUCUUAAAAAGGAGAAGAGCGACCGUCUGA